UUUGCAGAUGCGAAGUGGUCGGACUUCACGCAGGGGAUGGUGGUGCCGGACAGACCCCCAGAGCCCGACUGCAAGAGCCGCGGCCAGGAGCGAUGCAGGUGCAAGAAGACAAAGCCAACGCUCUCGACUUACCUGGCCAAGAACUACAGCUACAUCAUUCACGCUAAAGUGAAAAACGUAGAAAAAGGGAAUUGCCAGGAAAUCACAACUGUGGUCGAAGUCAAAGACAUCCUUAAGUCUUCAACACCCAUUCCUCUGUCUCAAGUGCCUCUUCUGACCAAUUCCUCCUGCCAGUGUCCACCUCUUCAGCCGAAGCAGGACGUCCUCAUCAUGUGCUACGAGUGGCGCUCGAGGUUGAUGCUUCUGGAUGGAUGCCUGGUUGAAAAAUGGAAGGAUCAGCUAAACAAAAGAUUUAAGAGGUGGGAACAGAGGUUGCAAGAACAAAAGCUGCGAACAGCCCGCAGCAAGAACCAGAACGCAGGACACAGUGGUCGGAGUGGAGCCCCAAAACCAUCCACCAAGAACAUCAACCCACUGCUCAGCGGCCCCAAAAAAGCCAUGAAACCAAGAAGUGGCCAGAAAGAAACCAACCCCAAAAAAGUAUGA